GUCCGGUUGAAGAAUUCAUCCAUGAAAUUUAAAAUACUGCGAGAUGUUCGUAAGAUAAGUGAGUUCUAGCAGAAAAACUUCAAUUACAACUUCUACUGUGAUUCUAGUUGAUUGAUAAUCGUUAGAAAAACGGGGUGACAGGGAAAGAUAUAAUUGAUGUCAAUAACAGCUAAUAUUCAAGAUGUAUAUCAAUUUUCAACUUAUCUUAUUGUUGUCUGUAACGAUGACUCAUCACCUAACUUUGGCACAAACAUGUAACGAGAGGCAGCUACCAGGUCCCACUCUCGUAGACAUGUGCGGUGAAUCCGGCACGUUGAUGUCUUUUCUGGACUCAGCCAUACGAAAGAACGAAAAAAUAUCGGGAAUAUGCGAACGCGUGACGCCCAUCGAGACACCAGAUCCCGAGUAUGACUACAUCGUAGCCGGCGGUGGUGCGGCAGGUUCCGUGGUGGCCGCGAGACUGAGCGAGAUUUCGCACUGGAAAAUAUUGCUUCUCGAAGCUGGUGAUGACGAACCUGCAUCCGCACAAAUUCCGGGUGCGGCCGUAAUCAUAGCUGGUUCCAAUUUGAGCUGGGGAUACACAAUCACGAACGAAAGGUACGCCUGCCUCUCAGAAAACGGUUCUUGUGAGUACGCCGCGGCGAAAGUUCUCGGUGGAUGUACGGUGCACAACGGGAUGGUAUAUUUGAGGGGCAAUCCAACGGAUUACAACAAUUGGGCCGCGAUGGGUAAUGAGGGCUGGACAUGGGAUGAAGUGAAACCUUUCUUUCUCAAGGCGGAGGAUAACGGUGAAAUUGAUAGAGUUGGAAGAUUCUGGCACGCCACGGGGGGUCCACUAUCCGUUGAGAGAUUUCCCUAUGAACCUCCUUUUGCCAAUGCUAUGCUUAAAGCAGCGGAAGAGGCAGGAUUCCGCAUUAGUCAAGAUCUCAACGGAGACGUGGUGAGUGGUUUUGCAAUGGCACAAACCACUAGUAAGAAUGGAGUCAGACGUAGCAGCGCCGCAUCGUAUCUACGGCCCAGCAGGAACCGUGAGAAUCUACACGUUUCCCUGAACUCGACUGUCACAAGAGUAAUAAUCGAGGACGGGAAGGCAGUCGGCGUCGAGUACUUUAAGAAUGGUGAAUUCAAGACGGUUCGUACAUCGCGAGAAGUGAUUCUCAGCGCUGGAAAUGUCAAAUCACCUCACAUUCUACUUCUCUCUGGCAUUGGGCCCAAGAAACACCUCGAGUCUAUGGGCAUCCCAGUCGUCAAGAAUUUGCCUGGUGUUGGCAGGAAUUACCAAGACCACCUGUACUUCACGCUCAACUUUACCAUAAAUCAACUUGACACCUACAUAAACAAUUGGGCAGCUACUGCCGAAUACCUCGACUUUCAGACUGGCCCAUUGUCCGGUCAUGGGAUAACCGGGAUAGUCGCUCAGCUAGCUUCCAGCAAAACAACCCCCGACUAUCCCGACAUGCAAAUAUAUAGCGUGGGUUUUGACGCCGCCUGUGCGCCUGGUGAAAUUGGUGCUCUUAGCAGCACGGGGAAACGCACUUUCGACUUGUUCGCUGUGUUACUGCAUCCAAAAAGCAGAGGACAAAUCAGUCUGGCUUCGAACGAUCCUUUUGAACAACCCUUGAUCUGGGGUAACUUCCUGAGUGAACCCAGCGAUAUUGAUAUUCUUCUGGAAGCCAUAUAUAGUGCUAUCAAGUUGACCGAUACGGACACAAUGAGAGCCUACAAUAUGACGUUAACAGCAAUAGCCAACGAUGCCUGCGGAAAUUACACUUUUUCUACCACCGAUUACUGGAAGUGUAGGGUACACCACGAUACUAUUGGCGCACCUCAUGGAAGCGGAUCCUGCAAGAUGGGCCCCAAGCAUGACACAAUGGCAGUUGUCGAUCAUAAGCUUCGAGUUCGAGGCAUCAAAGGUCUGCGCGUUGCGGAUACUUCCAUCAUGCCUAAGAUCGUUUCUGCGAAUACUGGUUCACCGGCAAUGAUGAUCGGAGAACGAGCUGCAGACUUCAUCAAGACGGACUCCGAUCGGUUAUUAUAUUGAACGCAAGUUACUCCUAAUACGAAGUAAAUGCACUUGCGCGAUUAGUCACGUACAUAAUUGUGACUGGAAGACGAUACUUUUUGAGGAAAGUGAAACUGGAUGUAUCUUCAAACUUGUAACGUUGAUCUGUAACUCAGGAUUGAAGAUAUUAAAAAUGUGUGAGAUUAGAAA